ACAAAUAAAACAGAAGCAAAUCCAAUUUGUCCAAUGUGUACGUGUCAUAUAAGAGCAUUUUGUAAUAUUUCGUGUCUUUCUUUGGCUUAUCUAAUGACGUUGUCUCCAGUUUGGCGCCCUUCUUUUUCUUUCUUUUUUUUUUUUUUUGAAGUAUAAAGUAUAAAGUGAUGCCCCCUGUGCUAAUGCGAGAUGGUAUCGGUGCUCAUUGAAAGGCAGAUUGGGCUCGACUGAAAAGGAGGUGUGACCGACCCCCUCCCGAUAACAAAAAAAAAAAAAAAUCAUUCUCUCGGGGGGCUCCACCUGGCCCCUUGCCCAUAAAUACGCCUCCCUCGCCGGGUUGCAAGUUCAUUUGAGUUCGGAGCGCUUCCAUUUUUUUUUUUUUUUUUUGUUUUGUUUUGUGUGUGUGGAUUAUGAACGCCUUUGGAGCGCAGCAAGCCUCCAGCCAGCAGCAGAGCGGCGGGGGCGGCGGUUGCCACCCGGCACACGAGCUCCUGGACAUGGCUGUGUACUGUGACAACUUCGGCAUCUACCAGCACCAGAACCUCCACCACCGCCUCCAUCACCCCCAGAGACCCCCCAACCACUCCUCCGGCUACGGCCUGAGCGACUACGCCGCCCCGCCCACCAACCCCUACCUGUGGCUCAACAACUCCCCCGCCUCGCCCUACCUGGCCGGCGGCCCCGGCUCCACCUACCUGCAAUCGGCCGGCGGGCAACGGCAGCUCCUGGCGGCGCCGGGCGGGCUGGGAGGCGCCGACCUGGGCUGGUUGUCCAUCUCCAGCCAGCAGGACCUCUUCAAGAUGGUUCGGCCUCCGUACUCGUACUCGGCGUUGAUCGCCAUGGCCAUCCAGAACGCGCAGGACAAGAAGUUGACCCUCAGUCAGAUCUACCAGUACGUGGCCGAAAACUUUCCAUUUUACAAGAAGAGCAAAGCCGGCUGGCAGAACUCCAUCCGGCACAAUUUGUCCCUCAACGACUGCUUCAAGAAGGUGGCCCGGGACGAGGACGACCCCGGUAAGGGCAACUACUGGACGCUGGACCCCAACUGCGAGAAAAUGUUCGAUAACGGCAACUUUCGGCGCAAGCGGAAGAGACGAGCCGACAUCAGCGCCGCGGCCGAGAAGCCCGACCCGAACCCGCACCACAAGCUCUCCGACACGGCCAGCCUGCUGAGCUCGUCCCCGCUCAGCCUGCGCGCUUCGCCGGUCUCCACCGAGCAGCGCUCGUCGCCGCUCAACUCGGCCGAGCACAGUCCGUGCUUCGCCGGCUUCGUGGCAGGCGUGAACACGCUGUUGGCGACCGGGGCCGAGGCCUCCCCCAGGGCCCCGGAGCGGGACUUGGCCGCAGAGUUGUCCCAAGGCCGGGAGGGCGCGUCGGGACUGGGCUCCUACUCGCCCUCCUUCCUUUCCGACAGCAGAAUGAACUACUACAACCUCAGCAAUCACUUCACUGUCAACAACUUCAUUUACGCCCGGGAAGGAACUGAAGUUUGAUAUGGAUUCAUCGAGUAAUAUGAUUAUAAUUUAUCUGCCAUUUUAAGUAGCCGACUGUAUGUGUGUGUGUGUAUAUAUAUAUAUAUAUAUAUAUAUAUAUAUAUAUAUAUAUAAUUUUGUGUUGUUUAAAAAAAAAAAAAAAAAAAGUCCCAACGGUACUGAAAAGUCACCACUUGAAUUGAAUCACUUGUCCUGUUGUGGGAGAAAAAUGUACAGAAAUUAUUUUCAUAAGAAAUGUCAAGCCUUUGUUAUUUAAACUCAC